GGGGAAAAAAGGCUCCUUACCCCAUGCAGGGCAAAAGUCAGCAGGAGGGAAAAGUGGUUUGGCUCUCCAAAGGCUGCACAGCAACACCUCACCCAGCACUGGAGCCCCAGGGAAGCAUCACAGAGGUUCUCCAGCCCUGCCCCUCAAAAAAGAGCUUCAAGGCAGUGCACACUGAGCUGCCUACAGAGCUGGGGUCAUUCCUAGGUGCCCACCCCCUGCUGCAUCUGGGCUCCACCUUGCUGGCUGCAUUUUGGACAUUUAAAGCUAAACCAGGAUGGGAGCGUGGAGAGGGCACAGAUCUCCGUGCUCAGCUGCUGCUCACACUGCUCUGUGUCCCUGCAGGGCUCAGAGGGCUGGCACUGCCAGCUGGGGGGGAAGCUUUCCUUGGAGCAGGGACAGCAGGGCACUGGCUGGGUCAGGGCUGUGGGGAGGCUCUGGGUGUUCAGGAUGGGCUGGGUUGGGGUGCUGAGCUGUCCCCAGCAGCACUGGCUGGGUCAGGGCCAUGGGGAGGGUCUGGGUGUUCAGGAUGGGCUGGGUUGGGCUGGGUUUGGGUGCAGAGCUGUCCCCAGCAGCACUGGGGAGGGUCUGGGUGGGUUGGGUUUGGGGUGCAGAGCUGUCCCCAGCAGCACUGGCUGGGCCAGGGCCAUGGGGAGGGUCUGGGUGUUCAGAAUGGGCUGGGUUGGGCUGGGUUUGGGGUGCAGAGCUGUCCCCAGCAGCACCCCACAGCAGGGAGGAGCACGAGCAUGCCACUCUCACAGGGUGCUUUAGGGGCAGCCCUGCCUGGCUGCAGUGCAGGGGUGCCCAGGGAUGCAGCAGGGGUGCCCAGGGAUGCAGCAGCAGUGCAGGGGUGCCCAGGGAUGCAGCAGCAGUGCAGGGAUGAUGCUGGCCAGCCCCCAUGGCUCAGCAGCUCUCUGUGCCCUGGGUUUCACCUCCUGUGCCCUGCUGGGGGGUUUUGUGUUUUUGUAUUAGCACUCAGCAAUCUCCCUUGCUCCAAGGCUGCUGCAGCUCUUCCCACGCUGUGUUUAAGGCUUUUUCUCCUCAAGUCCCAGGCUGUGAGUGUCCUCACAGAGCCAGGUGUGGGCUCUGAGCCUGGACAGCUCGUCUGCUGGUGUGGGGGCUCACAGGGUGCAGGCUGAAAGCACACAUUGC